AUGGACGUGGCACACAGGGACCACCUGCUCGUCGCCGCGCGCCGCGCACUCGGGGUCGCCACCCUCCUCCUCUGCCUCCUCGGCGAGCUCCUCGUCUUCGCGUUGCGCCGACAUGCGGCUUUGUACCUCGUCCCUGUCUGCGUGAUGCUGCUGCUGUGGCGCUUCAACAGACGCGCCGCGACGGCGGACAUUGGCCUCGUCGACUUCGCGUGCCUGAGGCCGCCCCGGCGGCUGCGGAUUCCGAUACCGGGGCUCCUCGAGCACCUCCGGCUCAUCGGCUGCUUCGACGAGGAAAGCGUUAAGUUCAUGUCCCGGGUCAUCGAGGCGUGCGGGAUGGGAGACGAGACCUACUUCCCGCCGUCCCUGCACUACAUCCCGCCGUCGGCGACGCACGCCGACGCCAUGGACGAGGCUCGCGCGAUGUUCCUCUCCACGCUCGACGCGCUUUUCGCCAGGACGGGCGUGCCGCCGUACGCGGUGGGCGCGCUCGUCGUCAACUGCAGCGGGUUCUGCCCGGCGCCGUCGCUCGCCGCGGUCAUCGCGGGCCACUACCGCAUGCGCGCCGACGUCAGGACGUUCAACCUCUCCGGCAUGGGCUGCGCCGCGGGCGUCGUCGGCGUGGACGUCGCGCAGGGCGUGCUGAGGGCGCACGCCAUCAGAUACGCCGUCGUCGUCAGCGCCGAGAUCGUCACGGUCGGCUGGUACAGCGGGAGAGACCGCUGCAAGCUCCUCCUCAACUGCUUCUUCCGCACCGGCUGCGCCGCUGCGCUGCUGUCGAACACCGGCUCCGUCUCGAUGCUACCCAAGUACCGGCUGGUCACGCUGACGCGCACGAACCGGACGGCCGACGACCGCAGCUACGUGUCGGCGGUGAGGGAGGAGGACGGCGAGGGCAUCACCGGGUUCUCCAUUGGCCGCGGGCUCGGCGGCGUGGCUCGCGACCUCCUGCGCGCCCACCUCCUCGCGCUCGGCCCCGCCAUCCUCCCGUGGCGCGAGAAACUGAGCUACGCCACGGCACUGCUGCUGUUCCAACGCUACCAGCGCUCCAAAAAACUCGCCGAUGGCGACGGCAACGCCGACAUCCCAAAGCCAAACUUUUUAACUGCGGCAAGUCACUUCUGUCUGCCGUCGUCGGGGAAGCCGAUGAUCCGGAGGCUCGCUGAGGGGCUCGGGCUCGGGGAGCGGGAGGCGGAGGCGGCGCUGAUGACGUUCCACCGGUUCGGGAACCAGUCGGCGGCGUCGCUGUGGUACCAGCUCGCGUACCACGAAGCGAAGGGGAGGGUCCUGCGCGGCGACCGGGUGUGGCAGCUCGGCAUGGGGAGCGGGCCGAAGGCCAACAGCGCGGUGUGGGAGCGCGUCCGCGGAGACCCAAACCCGGCGGCCGCGGACGAGAGCCCCUGGGCCGACUGCAUCCACCGGUUCCCCGUCGGGGAACCGUAGCGGCAUUGUUCAUUUGCCAUAGCUAAGUUACGUGCAAAUUGUCCGAAUUUGACGGAGAUGCUUACCCGUGAUUGACAUCGACGCAAUAAA